AUGAUGUUCGCCUGCUGUGUGAAGGCUGGGGUUUCUGUGGACCAACAGACAAUUGUAGAGGAGGUGUUGAAGUUGAAUGAAGACCCCAGGGUGCAUGGAGUCUACCCACCUCCCCCUGCUUCCCUCACCAGUCGAGUGCUGAACACACUCAAACCUGAGAAGGAUGUAGACGGGAUAUCAGAUUUGAAUUUGGGCCGUCUGGUACGAGGAGACCUGAGCAAAGGCUUUCUGCCACCCAUAGCCAGCGCUGUCCUGGAUCUCCUGGAGAAACAUGAUGCUCCUUUGGAAGGGAAAACUGUGUUGCUGGUCGGAGGAGAAGGAGCACUUGGGGUAGCCCUGCAGUGUCUGAUUGAAAGAAGUGGAAUGGUAGCACUCAAGAGCCAUUGGCACUCCAAGAACCUACAGAAACAGGUGAUGCAGGCUGAUGCUGUGGUUCUGUUAGGGGCAGGAACAUUGGAUGUCCCACCCACCUGGGUUAGACCAGGGGCGGCUGUCAUCUGCUGUGAGCCCACCCUGAAGACAGAUGAACAUGCUAUUAAGAUGUCCUCAAAAUCUGGUUUAGGAAACCUCAUAGCAGCUUACAGAACCCAGAAUGUGGUGCGUAGUUGCAGUCGGUGGCUCCAGGAGCAGCAGUACCAACCCUGGCGUCUGCGUAGCCUCAAACUGCAGCCCCUGACCCCUGUACCAAGUGACAUAGAGAUUUCCAGAGCUCAGACGCCUAAGCCAGUGGACCAACUGGCUAAGGAGAUUGGUCUGCUGCCAGAAGAGCUUGAGGCCUAUGGCAGGAACAAAGCUAAGGUCCGACUCUCCCUGUUAGACCGUCUCCACACACAACCUGAUGGGAAAUAUGUCCUGGUUGCCGGUAUAACUCCCACCCCACUGGGCGAAGGUAAAAGCACAGUGACCAUCGGCCUGGUCCAGGCCCUGUCUGCCCACCUUAAGCUCAACUCCUUCGCCUGUCUCCGACAGCCUUCCCAGGGACCCACCUUCGGAGUUAAAGGGGGAGCUGCAGGAGGGGGAUAUGCCCAGGUCAUUCCUAUGGAGGAGUUCAACCUCCACCUGACUGGUGACAUACAUGCUAUCACAGCAGCCAAUAACUUGGUGGCAGCAGCCAUCGAUGCCAGGAUGCUCCAUGAAGCGACGCAGUCAGACAAGGCCCUGUUCAAUAGACUGGUCCCUUCAGUGAAUGGAGUCAGAAGGUUUUCACCCAUCCAAAUCUCCAGGCUGCGACGUCUAGGGAUCAGUAAAAUAGACCCUGCAUCUCUCACACUCCAGGAAGUCAGCGCCUUUGCACGUCUUGACCUUGACCCUUCCAAGAUCACCUGGCAGAGAGUUGUUGACACAAAUGACCGUUUCUUGAGGAAGAUCACCAUCGGACAGGCAAGCACUGAAAAAGGACAGAUCAGAGAGACUGGGUUUGACAUAGCAGUUGCCAGCGAGAUCAUGGCCAUCCUGGCUCUGGCCGACAGCCUGGAGGACAUGAAAAACAGACUGGCACGCAUGGUGGUGGGGACCAGCCGCUCUGGACAGCCUGUCACCGCAGAGGACCUGGGUGUGAGUGGAGCACUGACGGUGUUAAUGAAAGAUGCCAUCAAGCCCACGUUGAUGCAGACCCUCGAGGGUACGCCAGUGUUUGUCCACGCUGGGCCCUUUGCCAACAUCGCCCAUGGCAACUCCUCGGUGCUGGCGGACAAGCUGGCUUUGAAGUUGGUCGGACGGGACGGCUUUGUGGUGACAGAAGCUGGUUUUGGAGCGGACAUCGGGAUGGAGAAAUUCUUCAACAUCAAAUGUCGGGCUUCAGGGCUCAGGCCAAAUGUGGUGGUGUUGGUUGCAACUGUCCGAGCGUUAAAGAUGCAUGGCGGUGGCCCAAAUGUGUCAGCAGGCACACCUCUUCCCAAAGAGUACAUUGAUGAGAAUCUGACCCUAGUUGCAGGCGGUUGCCGUAGCAAUCUCAGGAAGCAGAUCCAAAUAGCGCACCUGUUUGGGGUACCAGUCGUGGUGGCGCUCAAUGUCUUCAAGACUGACACCCAGGCAGAGAUCGACCUUGUGUGUCAGCUAGCAAAAGAGUGCGGAGCGUCUGACGCUGUGCCAUGUCACCACUGGUCGCAGGGUGGGCGAGGUUCUCUUGAGGUGGCCCAAGCUGUGAAUGAGGCUGCCGGCAGACCCAGCAACUUCCAGUUCCUGUACAACAUAGAGAUGCCGAUAGUGGAGAAGAUCAGAACAGUUGCACAGAAAGUGUAUGGACUGAUCAUCGAGCUGUCUCCAGAGGCCAAGUCCAAGAUAGAUUACUAUAAUCAACAGGGCUAUGGUUCAUUGCCCAUCUGCAUGGCCAAGACUCACCUGUCCCUGUCCCACAUGCCUGACAAGAAGGGUGCACCCACUGGAUUCAUUCUCUAUCUGAAACUGAACCACCAUCAGCGGAGACUGGCUCCGUCCAUCCGCCGCUGGCACUCGUCGCCAACAGGCUCCGGCUAG